AUGUUUGGCCCUGGGCAGUUGGUCUCCACUCUUCUACCUGCAGUCUUCCACUCGUCCGCAGCUCACUUGUUCCCUGCGUUCCCCACCAGACUGGGCUCCCCUCCACAGAUCCUGAUCCCUGGGCCCCUGAUCAGCUAUGAGUCCCUGCGGAGUUACUUGCAACCAGAGCCCUGCAAAGAGGCUCUGUUCCUGGCCACACAGGCAGCUGGGAUGGGGCAGUUCACGGCCAGCAUGGAUGAACAGAGGCCAGUGAAGCAGCGUCGUGCGCGGGCCAACUACAGCAGCUGGCAGCUGGAGGAGCUGGAGAAGACCUUUGAGAACACCCACUACCCUGACGUCUUCAUGAGGGAAGCUCUGGCCCUCAGACUGGACCUCAUCGAGGCCAGAGUGCAGGUGUGGUUUCAGAACCGCCGGGCUAAGAUGCGGAGGCAGCUAAAGUUACAGGGCCAGCUAGGAGAGCCAUUUCCCAGGAAGGACAAUGCUGAGGACACAACAACAGACAAACCCAAUAAGAGCUUACCGGAGCUAGGGAGCUCUGACGGCGAGCACUGGGAGAGGAGGCAGGAGAAAGGAAGCUAUCCCUGGACUAAAGUACCUCGUUCUGCUGUGAUGACCACCCCCAUACAGGGUAUGAUUCAGGGGCCAGCAGGGGAAUGGGAGGGGAUGGAGGGGCCCAGUCCAGAAGAGUUCCGCUGCUGUAGCAUUGCCAAGCUGAGGGCCAAGGCCAGGGAGCACGAGGCUGAGAUCCAUAGCACUGUGGCCAGAUCAGGAGGAGGAGAGACAUCAACCGAGAGGCAGGAUGUCUGCGUGCUGCCACAGGCCCAAUGGAAGUGGCUGAAAAAUGACUGGCCCCAAUGA